AUGACAGCUAUCCGGCGCCGAAACACCGAUAGACACUCAGACGAAAGAGCCAUGGCGGCCACGGGUGGAGGGAAAAUUAGAAGCAGGAGAUAUCACAUCGCCUCUAAACCUUACGCCAAGAGUAAACAGCAGCAGUCAGGCCUCAUCAGUCGAGUGACAGACACAGUAAAGAGCAUCGUUCCUUCCUGGCUGCAGAAAUACUUUAAGAAUGAAGAUGCUCCUGAAGGAGCAGAGGCUGUACAGGGGACAAACCGGAACUGCCAGCCACCACCACCUCCUCCUCCUAAUGGCAGCGAAGAGGGACCUCCUCCCCUUGAUGGACGCGACUCCCCGGAGCCUAGCACCAGUAACACAGAGCCCUCAACCAGCCGGGCAUCCCUGAACUUUCAGGAAUAUGUACUCUUACGACCUCCUCUGAGUCGCUCUCACCUCCACUUUACCCCGCUGGAUCCCUCUGCCCCAACCCUGGGGGCCUCCAGCAGCCUCUUCUCCCAGCCCUCCACCUCCUCAGCUCCAGGACCUUUUUCCACAGGCUUCUCCUUGGUGAAAGAAAUCAAGGACAACCUCUCACAACAUGAAGAUGAUAACAUCUCCACCACAAGCGGAUUCUCCUCCCGCGCAUCUGACAAAGAUGUCCCCACUUCCAAAACGGCGUCACUUCCUCAGCUUUGGUCCCCAGAGACAGACAGAACAAACUCUGGGCCUCAGCCCUCCCAGUCCAGUCUGAAAAAGCCUGCUUUCAACCUGUCCGUCUUUGGAACCUCCUCCAACUCCACAUUAAACAGCACAGUGCUGAACUCCAGCCAGCUUGGAGAUUCACCGUUCUAUCCCGGGAAGACCACGUACGGUGGAGCAGCUGCAGUCAGAAGUUCCCGAACUCGUCCUGGAACACCGUACCAAGCUCCAGUGAGGAGACAGAUCAAGGCCAAGCCUGCUGGUGCUCAGCCCUGUGGGGUGACCAGCGCCACAGCCAGACGCAUCCUGCAGUCCUUGGAGCGCAUGUCGAGCCCACUGGCUGAUGCUAAGAGAAUCCCUGCUGCAGCCUCAUCCCCCCGAUCACCAUCAGUGGAUGGCAUGAAUCUAGAUGCUUCACAUUUCCAGUCCAAAAAGAAACGGAUGGAGUCAACCCUCCCCCCGGUGCAGAAGCUUGUUGUUCCUGCCACAGCAUCUGUGUCAGGAAAUCGCUCUGUGUCCUUCAGGGCCACUUUGACCCCUGGAGGAGUGAGCCGAACUCUGGACAGGACCAUGAGAGAGACACCCACAAGACAAUCACCACAACUACCUGAAGCAACCCCUGGUCCAUCGCAAAGCACAAUGAGUUCUAGCGGCCCAGUCUAUCCUCUGUCCAGCACACCUGCAGCCAGCAGCGUGGGCUCCGGAGGCGGCAAGAUGAAGAGAGAAAGGAGCAGUGCACGACCCUCCUCCAAACACCAGGAAGAUGAUGAGGUGGCUGAAGUACCAGACCUCCCAACCAUUUCACUUCCCAUCAGCACAUCUGCCUUGCCCACCUUCAGCUUCUCCUCUCCCCUGCCGCCCAUCACCACCUCCACUACCGUUAGCUCCACCCCCAAGAUCAUGGCUGUUACUCCUGCUAAGGAAACUGUCAUAAAUAAGGAUCCACCAAAGGCCUCAACACCCCCAUGUGUACCUUUUACAUUUUCCUCCCCAAUUGUCAAAGCCACUGCUGCUAGCCCACCUUCCUUUUCCCCUUCUGCUGGAUUUACUUUCAGUGCCCCUGUGGCAAAAUUAGGUCCCUCCAUGUUAAAUGGAAAGCUGGCCACACCCAUAGCGGCAGCAGUGAAGCCAUCAACAAACAAAAGCACAGAAGACUUUGAAGGACCUUUCAAACCAGCCAAAGCCCUGAAGCAGGGCAGUGUGCUGGAUCUUCUCAAAGCACCUGGCUUUGCCUCUCCUGUUGCUCAGAUUUCCCCAAGCCCAGACGCUGCACCCCAGCAAACGUCUACACAAUCCACUGCCUCCUCCUCCACCUCUACAACCUCCUCCUCCCUCGCUGCUUCAACAGGGUUCGGUAGUUUGUUCAAAGCCUCAACAGACUGGAGCUGCGAUGUCUGCUUGGUUUCGAACAAGUCAUCAGACACAAAGUGUGUUUGCUGUGCUGCCCCACAGCCUAACUCAUCCAAAUCUACGGACAGUAAACAAUCCCCUGCCACCUCGGCUGGGCAGGAGAGCAGCAACACGAACACCACCUCCACCACUACAACCACAACAGGGUUUGGCACAAUGUUUUCCAAACCUGCAGGAACCUGGGAGUGUGAUACGUGUCUUGUUCAUAACAAACCUGAUGCAGUAAAGUGUGUGGCCUGUGAAACGGCCAAACCCGGGACAGGGCUCAAACCCUCACUGACUCUUCCGUCUGCCUUCUCAACUGUAAAGACUGUAUCUGCUCCUGCGGCUCCUGUUUCUACAGGGUUCAGCGGAUUUGGAGACAAAUUCAAAAAACCCGAGGGUGCAUGGGAAUGUGAUACAUGUAUGGUACAGAACAAGGCAGAGGACACUAAGUGUGUGGCUUGCACGAAUCCUAAACCAGGAGCUUCAGCAGGAGCCUCCUCAGCAGCCAGCAGUGCUCCAGUGUUUGGACUAGGAGACAAGUUCAAGAAGCAAGAGGGAGCCUGGGAUUGUGACAUCUGUCUACUGCAGAAUAAGGCUGCUGAUAUGCAGUGUGUUGCCUGUCAGGCAGCCAAACCUGGAGCUACUGUGGAGCCCAAGGCCUUUGGUUCUUCUUUCGGUUCCUCGGCUGGUGCGACUUCAGGCUCCUCUAGCUUUGGCUCUUCUACCUCUAGUUCUGGAGGCUUUAAGUUUGGCACAUCAGACAGUUCUUCAGAAUCUGGAGGUUUCAAGUUUGGCGGCACGCUUACGGAGUCGUCCUCCUCUUCUUCAUCAGGUGGAUUCAAAUUUGGAGCCCCAUUUGGAAGCUCCUCUACAGAAACCACUUCUAAAGACACUACUGCCUCAUCAGGGUUCAAAUUCGGCAGCUCAUCUGAGGGCUUUAAAUUUGGGACUGCCACUAGUGAUGACAAAAAGUCAGACCAGCCCGCCACAGGUUCUGGGUUUAAGUUUGGAGGCAGCGGCGGGAUAGCGUUUGGAACUGGAUCAUCUAGCACAGAAAGUAACUCUUCUAAGGGCGGAUUCACCUUUGGACUGUCAAAACCCGAAGAGAAAACAUCAGACGCCACCACAACCUCCUCAUCCUGUGUUACUUUCACUCCUCCUUCGUCUUCUCAAGAAAAGAGUGACAGUGUGGCAUCUUCAAACGACACCACAUCAACAAACACCAACUCAACCACCACAACAACGACCACAACUGGGUCUGUAUUUGGGAGACUGGGUGAGCCGACCAACACACCACAAGGGGGCUCUACGUUUGGAUCCUUACAGGGAGGCAAGGAGCCGGCUGCCCCCACCUUUACCUUUGGGAAGCCAGAGGAAAAGAAGGAAGCUACCUUCCUUUUCGGUGGUGCAAGUAAGGAUGCAGAUUCUGCACCAGCACCAGCCGCCACAGGAGGCUUUUCCUUCAGCAAACCCAGCGUUCCAACAGAACAACCUCCACCGCCGUACCCUUUUGGCAAGUCAGCAGACAAGAGCGAAACUUCUACUUCAGAGGCCCAAAAGCCGUCCUUCACUUUUGGACAAAGUUCUACAGAUUCUGCUGCUGCUCCAAAACCAGCAUUUUCAUUUAUGGCUAGUAAUCCCACCAGCACCACAGACUCCACAACCUCAUCAUCCUCCACCCCAACUCCCAGUCUGUUUGGCACCACCACCACCACCGCCGCCACCAGCAGCAGCAGCAGCAGCUCUACACCGGCUCCAGCUCCUUCUGCAGCUCCCAGCACUUUCAUGUUCGGUCAGCCUGCUGCAGCCUCCAGUGACGGUCCUCCAGCUAAAGCGUUCGUCUUUGGCCAGAGUCAGGACAGCCAGCCGGCCGCCCCGUCAGCUGCUGCUCUGAACUCGGCUCCAGCCCCAGCUGCAGCUCAGCCCUUCAUCUUUGGUGCUCCUGCCAAUGCUGCUCCUCCUACUGCUGCUGCUCCGCCGUCCUUCGGUUUUGGAGCAGCAGCACCCUCUGCUGCCUCUUCAUCAGCUGCAUCUGCAGCUCCCUCCCCAUUUGUAUUCAGCUCGGCCCCCUCCAGUGGUUUUGGGGCCAACCAGACUCCUUCAUUCGGGGCAUCCUUUGGGUCCCCAUUCACAGCCACACCUUCCCAGACCCCGGCGUUCGGGGCUAAACCCAACGCUGCCCCCGUCUUUGGACAGCAGGCCAACUCCACACCUGUUUUUGGGGCCGCUGCUAAUGCUGCACCAGGUGGAGGAUUUCAGUUUGGAGGAGCCAGUGCAUUUGGAGCCACCAACAACGCCUCAGGUGUGUUUACCUUUGGAGCUGGAUCAGCUGCCUCUCCUGCCCCAUCUGCCAACCCCUCCAUCGCAAACCAGUCAGGACCACCCGGAGGUGGAUUCAACUUUUCACAACCCCCGACAUUCAACAUUGGGUCAGCUAAAUCCUUCACUGCCUCUCCAGCUGGACAGCAAGCAAUUGCAGGGCGCAAGAUCAAGACAGCGGUGCGGCGCAGGAAGUAGAGCCCCGCGGCCUCGACAAGAAAGUAGACUUGACUUCGACUCGACUGUAACCCCCACUGAAGGCUGAAUGAGGUCCUGGAAGGUCUCAACUGGACAAACACUGAAAUUGCUUGGCACGUGGAGAAGGAACAAGGCUUGGACGCCCCUCUGUGCUUUUGUUGGACAGACGGGCGUGUAUUAGCUGUAGGCUCGGCUGAUUAUUCAGACGUGUUAUCACAUGUAGACCAGAGCUGUUAAUAUGAAAGACCACACAACAGGACUUCACAUGAAUAAAAAUAAAACAAAAAAAAAAACAAAAAACAGUCGACUCAACAGUGACUCUGACUUAGAAAACAACAAUCAAGCAAAGACCCCCAUGCUCGAAAUGAAAAACAAGCAAGACAGUCAUAUCUAUAUUUUCAACACCGGCAAAU